AUGGCGAUGCUGGCUGAACCUCGUAGGAAGCAGAAGUGGUCGGUGGACCCCAGGAACAGCACCUGGAGCAAAGACGAUUCCAAGUUCGGGCAGAAGAUGCUGGAGAAGAUGGGCUGGUCCAAGGGCAAGGGUCUCGGGGCUCAGGAGCAGGGAUCCACAGAACACGUCAAAGUUCAAGUGAAGAACAACACUCUCGGCCUUGGAGCUUCCAACAACUACGAGGUACUGCAGAAGACCAUACAAGACCAUUAUUGGUGUCCUACAGCAGUGUCAACUGGGGAGGUAUAG